GGAAAAAGGUGAAGUUUUUGCAAGGUCGUGAUGGACAAGAAUGGGUAUGGGUGAUGGGAGAUCAUGUCCAUGAUAAGCCAAUACAGCAGCUACUGGAUGAAGAAGCUCAAGCCAAAGCUUUACAACAGGCUGAGAAGGAGGCACAGGAAAUGAGAAAGAAAGAAGAAGACAAGUGGAAGAGGCAGCUUGAAGAAGAAAAGAUGAAGUUGGAGAAACAGAGAGAGGAAACAGAAUUAUUGAUACGACGCAAACAACAAGAAGCAGAAUUAUAUCAAAGUUUAAAAGAAUCCCAACAACUGGCCCAGAAACUACAAGAUGAGAAAAUUUUGCAAGAGAAGAAAAAGUUGGAAGAAUUGAAGGCUGUGACUGAACGAGUGAGGCGAAAGUCUGUACAGAACUAUGACAAUAUGCGUCACAGACGAAGCAGUGAGAUCUAUAUUCGAUGGAAGGAGAUGAGGAAUGCUCUGGAAAGAACAGCAGAAGAAAGCAGUCAGGAGGUGGAGGCCAGUUGGCAGGAACAAGAAAAAAAAUCAAAAGAGGCUGAACAAAAGAUGCGUGAAUUAGCACGCAAGGCUCGUCAAGAAUAUAAGGAAUCAUUGAAGAGGACAAAUCAACUCUUACAGGCAGCAAGAGCAUUUUCAGAAAGUGGUAAAGCAGUCAGUCACACUGAAAGACCACCUGUACCUCCAAAAAAGCACCUAACAAACAGAUCGUCUAUAAAGAGAUGGACCAACCGACCCUCUCGACCACCUGGUCGUGCAGCAGUUGUUGCCUGGUUCCAGCAGGAGGAAAAGCCCCGUGGUGCAGGUCUUGACACAAACAACAGAGUAGCAACAUGGUUUCAUGGGAUAAUAACUAGGUCAGACUCUGAGAGACAGUUGAGUGACAGGCCAGUAGGCAGCUUCCUUGUGCGUGUUAGCGAGCGGGUUUGGGGUUACACCAUUUCAUAUCGUGGGGAGGACCGUGUGAAACACUUCCUGGUGGACACUACCGAUGGAGGCUACCAGUUUCUUGGGGCAAGCCAGAUCCAGCAUUCAUCACUGGCAGAUCUCGUUGGUUUCCACAAGGACAAUGCAAUAACAAUCUCAGGUGGGGAGAAGUUGAUAUAUGAAUGUGGACAGACAGUGGAGCCUCCAGACUACAGUGACCUGUUUCCCCAUUCUGAGUCCACGUCGUUAUGAGACAGAUGGCAUCUGAUGGCAACACACCAUUAGUUGGCAGCUGUAAUGCUGCAUUUGUUCAUCUCAGCAUUUUACCUGCAAUAUUCCACAAGAUAUUUGUAAGAUAUCAGCCAUUUGUUAAGUAGGCAGCUUGGUCACUACAAGGUCAACUAUAGAGACAUAGCUUUAUUGUGUAUCUAACCAAGAUUAUAACUUGAUUACACAGAAAAUGUGACCAUCUGUGGAUGUAUUUUACCAAACAUGUUACCUAGACACAGUGUCACACAACGGUGGUCAAGCAGGACUCAUGGAAGUUCAUGCGAGACAAAAUGGAAGCACUGAUCAUGUUCUGAGAUGUGUAUGUGAAAACAUCUCAAGAAAUAGUGUGCACUCAGCCCUAUGUGAGACAUAAAUGUUUGCACUGCACAUCAUGUAAGACAAUAUUGAACUCUGAGCUGUAUGUGAGACAGAAAUGAUUGUUCUGCACAUUAUGAAAGACAUAAAAUUGAACCCUGAGCUGUAUGUGAAACAUUAUUGUUUGCAAGGAGCAUCAUGUGAAACGUGUUUGUGCUGAACAUCAUGUCAUACAUACGUUUGCUCUGAACAUCAUUAUUAUGUCAGACAAAUAUUUGCUCUGAUCAUCAUUUGAGACAUUUGUGUUUGCCGUGAUCAUCAUUUGAGACACAUUUGUUUGCUCUGAUCAUCAUUUGAGACAUGUUUGCGCUGAGCAUCAUGUGAUAUACAUGUAUAUGUGUUUGCUCUGAUCAUCAUUUGAGACAUUUGUUUGUGCUGAGUCUUGUGCAAGACAUACAGGUGUACCACUGAACUGUAUGUUAGAUGAAAAUGAGCACACAUGUUUAUCUGUCUAGAUCACCUGACUGAAAGUCAAGUGAGUGUAUGCUGUGGCAUCUUGUCCAUCCUCCAUUGUGCUUCCACCCAGUAGUGACCCUUUUACAUUGUCAGUUACGACUAAAACUACCUGGCUUAUAUGAUAUGACGAUGAUCAUAAAGCUAUAGCUUUGUGCAAAUGAUACCUGGGAUUAUUCAUGCAAAGUUACAGCUUCAUUGGCCUUGUAUUUUUAGUAAUAGUCAGAAUGAUAGAAGGUAAUACGUUUUACCCUAUUAUGGAGGCAUUUUUGCAAGUAUCAUUUUGUUUGCUUUUCAAAUUAACAUUCAUCUACUGCAUUGACAUACCCUCAUCUGUCUAUUGUGACUGCUUUGACAUACCCUCAUCUGUCUAUUGUGACUGCUUUGACAUACCCUCAUCUGUCUAUUGUGACUGCUUUGACAUACCCUCAUCUGUCUAUUGUGACUGCAUUGACAUGCCCUCAUCUGUCUAUUGUGACUGCAUUGACAUACCCUCAUCUGUCUAUUGUGACUGCAUUGACAUACCCUAAUCUGUCUAUUGUGACUGUAUUGACAUACCCUCAUCUGUCUAUUGUGACUGCUUUGACAUACCCUCAUCUGUCUAUUGUGACUGCUUUGACAUACCCUCAUCUGUCUAUUGUGACUGCAUUGACAUACCCUAAUCUGUCUAUUGUGACUGCUUUGACAUUUCCUCAGAAACCUUUGGUCUUAUGAAAAAUUAUUGUGAUCCCAUGACUAUCAUAAAAAAUCAAUUUUGACCAUAGUUUAUCCAAUUCUGAAUUAGAGUUAUGCAGAGUAAUUUUGUUAUAUGAGAAUACUUUGUCAUGUGUUGACCGACAGUCAUAUUGACUGGUGAUGAAUAUGCAUUAUUGACUCUCUGCAUAGCCAGUUACGGGCGCCAGUGAGUAUGUUUGUUGUUUAGAAGUGUUUUGUUCUUUAUCACUCUUUAACCUUGUAUAACUUGUCUUAUCUGAUUAUUAUUCAGGAAAAUUCAGGUGAGUUACAGAGACAGUAGCAAUAUUUUACAUAAUAAUCUACACACUUUCUAUACCACUUCUUCCUCUAUAUUAUGUCUUUGUUGCCUAUGAUUUGUGAUACAAUAUACCAAAAAGUACAUCUGAAAGUAUAAAAUGGAGCUGUUUGAAUCUGCUUAAAUGACUGCAUGUGUUCAAUCUACAUUUUCUGUAAUAAAAUCAUAACCAAGA